AUGGGGUCCCACAACAGACACGCAGGGUCAGGAGUGGGAGGGGCAGGUGCCUGGACAGGCAGGGGAGUGCACAGCGGCCAGACCCACACAAGAGUGGACCAGGAGGCCAGUGUGGCUGGAAAGACCAGGCUUCUCACUCUGCCACCCCCACCCCCACCGCCUUCCUCCAGCCCCAGGAUGGGACGGGCUAGGCGCCUUGCCUGGGAGCCCAAGCAUGUGCCUAGUGACCUCCAUGGCAGCCAGCCUUCAUCCACCCUGGAGGGCCAAGUCCUCCACCACUUGGUCCAGGAGGAGCACCUGGGGCCCACGGUGGCAGAGCUGGAAGACCCACGGCAGAUGCAGCUGGCCCCAGAGACAAAGGGAGGGCUGGCUUUGUGGCUACAGCGAGUCCAGGAGCUCUUUCAGACCCCUGUGCUGGAGCUACGGCUGGUGUCACCUGCUUCAGCCCCUGCAGAGCUGGAGGACAUCCCAGCAGAGGCCUCAGCUCUGAGGCAAGGCCUGGAGCUGGAGCCCCAUGAGCCCUCAGGCAUGGGGCCCGGAGCAACUGCCCUAAUGGUACCAGGCCUUGCAGAGCCAGAGCCAUGUACAGACUCCAUGAGCCCCUGGGACAUCCCAGGAGUAGUCUCAGCCCUGGUGCCAGGCCCCAAGCUGGAGCCCCAUGAGCCCUCGGGCCUGGGUCCUGUGACACCUGCAGGAAUGGCACCAGGCCUGGCAGAGCCAGAGGUGGACCCAGAGCCCACCAGCCCCUGUGUCGCGAUCACCCAGGAUGUGUGGAGGAAGGAGGAGUGGAUUAUUCUGGCAUUUCCCCAUGGCCUCGUGGCUGAGCAGCUGACCCUGACCUGUGCGGCCUCCACAGCCUCCACACUUCAGAGGCCCCUGCCAUGGACUGACUGUGUUGGAGACACAGAUGCCAACAAAGGCUCUGGGUGGAGUUGUUUUGGGGGAAACUGCACCUGA